UUUCAAGUUAAACGCAAAUCUACCAUAGAAUGGACGUUACAACUCAUAAUACGGAUACGAACAAUGCCGAAUUCGUUGAUUGGCUGGGAGUCAGAAUAAAGCCACCUAUGAUUGUUUUUCAAGAUAUUCAUGAUAAUUCACAAUACACCACUCAGCUAACAGUACAAAAUGUUGGGACAUCAAAAAAGUCAUGCGAUUUUACUCUCAUUGCGCCGAAACAAUCGUAAUCACUGACAGUCACCAAAAUAUACCCUUAGUUCCUGGAAUGAAGCAUACAUCUACGAUUACGCUCAGAGUUUCGAAAGCGGGAAAUGCUAAAGAAUGUAUCGUUGUAACUGUUGAUGGAAAUCCCCGAAAAAUUCCAGUUUUCACAUUUCUACCUAAGCCUCUUUGGAAUAUUCCGCAGAAACUCAACUUUGGUGUGCUUGUGCAGGAAAACAAAGUGAUAACUAAAACUUUGGUAGUAGAAAAUAAAGGUUCUCAAAAUGGGAAAUUUCGGAUUACGAAUAUAUCCGAUCUAUCUAUUGAUAUUGUGCCACUAUUUGGCGUAGUUCAGUCUUACUCUCAUAUCAACUUAAAAGUAACUUUCAUACCAAAAGAUAUUCGCGAAUUUGUUGAAAUCGUCAGAUUCGAUCUUGGAACAGGUGACAUUUUCAACGUCGAAGUUACUGGUAAAGUAAUAAAACCUGAAUUUAAAGUGCUUCAAUACGCAAAUUGUGAAAAUCCCAAAGGUGAGGAGGGGAUACAACUAAGUCACUGGAACUUUGGCUAUGUCUACUACAAUACAGAUGUACAAUGCAAUUGGAAUCUGGUAAAUUACUCACCAAAAGAUACUUCGUUCGUUGCCGGAUUUUACGGCAAAAAUGAUUCUGAUUUGGAAAAUAAUAAUCCCGGUAGUGAAAGUGUACCAAAGUAUGAACAGAACAAUUUAAGAUUUAAACUAAAUGAGUACUUCAGCAUAACUCCGGAUUGUGGGCAAUUAAAACCAUUCGAAAAGCUGCCAAUCUCUUUAUGUCUUUCUCCUAGAUGGAAGAAGCCAAAACAAGGUUUUGUCAGUUUAAAUGAAUCUCCAGCAAUAAAACCAUUUUCCAUAUGCCUUCGUAUACACAAAGUAGAUAUCAGUUCUUGUGAUUCUUUUGAUCAAAAUAAGUUAAUCAGUUCUUCACAAUCUUCCAUCUUAAUGGAUGAUCAGAACAAUUUAGAAAUAGUCUUAACAGGUUGUUUAAUACCAGUACAAUUUCAGAUAUCACCAAUUAAUGAAUCAAUGAAUGUAGACAAUCAUAAUUUAAAUAAAACUAACGGAUUAAAUACAAUAAUUAGUAAUGAAAAUGUUAAAGUUAGUAAAAUAUAUGAAAAUCAAUUUAUUAUACAAUUUCCUCAAUGUAUAGUUGGUUCAAAACAAUGUACUCAAUUCAAAUUAUCAAAUUAUAGUAAACAUUUACCAAUUCAUUAUAGAAUGCCUCGAAUUGCUCAUUUCAUUGUAAAACCAGAAAAAGGAAUAAUUGAUCCACAAAAAGAUUGUUUAAUUACUGUUUCUUUUAGUCCAAAACAAAUUGGAGAAUUUCAUGCUGUUCAGAAUGUUCACAUUCUCAACUAUUUAACUGGUGUAAAUCCAGUUGUUAUAUACCAGUGUAAGCUCAUUUUUCAUGGUUAUUCACCGGCUUUAACAAUACCACCAGAAAUAAAAUUUAAUCCAGGGAUCAUUCCUAAAUGGGCAAAUGAAGUUGGAAGAAAUACAGAUCUUGUCACAUUCGGAUCAAAUUACGAAUGCCCAAGAGCUGCAAUUAUUAGUCUUAUGAGUAUGAAAAGUUUAAAAGGUCUUAAAUCUCAUGUAUCAAGAUCUGAAUUAAAUACUACAAUGUCUACAAAAAUUGCUUUCCCAAAUGAUAGACUUGCCAGUAUUAGACCAGCAAAUAAACGUGAAGAAUUCAAAACUUUAUAUUGCCGUUUGACGAGAUAUACAUAUACGGAUCGAGAUUAUGAAUGGACUGAAGAUGAAAUGAAUAGUAUAAAUAAGCGACAGUUAACCUAUACUGAUGUUUACCGAAGUCAUGCUCAAAUGAUUGAACAAGUUCAAAAAGAUCGUAUAUUAAUGAAAUGGAACAAACCACCAAAUGAUGGUUCAGUUUUAAUGGAACUGGAUAAAAUAUCACCGAAGUUAAAAAUUGAAAAUUACGAGGAAUUUCAACCAAGUAGUUAA